AUGAACAAGCAGACUGUACGAGUUGCUUUUGAUCCGAAGAUACUGGGAGCUCGAGACCUCACCGAGAAGAUCUGGGGUCGGCCAAUUGAACUUGCUCCUCUACGCGGUGACCCUUCCCUGGAGGCCGGCAGCAAGCAUGUUCGCCAUGUCGGAUAUAUGACCUUUCUCUCCGCUGUCUUGACAAUUCCGGUCCUGAUCAUGGCAUGGGCUCCGCUCCCUGAGAGGGAGGUGGCAUAUUCCUCGGCUUCAUUCACCUUAGCCACGAUUGUCCAAGUUGUCAUAGCAGGUCCUUUCUAUCCCAAGGCCCUGAAGGCUCUUGUGUUCUCGAGAGUUAUAGAAAUGGACCUUUUGAUCGUCUUGAGAACCAGUGCUGCCUACAUCUUCUCGGUCGUCUCCUUUGGGUACCUCAUUGCAGAGAAACCCCUUUCGAUCGGUCAAUUCUGUGAAACGAGCACUCUCUUGGUCACUUUGAUCAUGGUUCGUCGAUGGAUUGCCGCUCUCGCUCGUCAGAGAGCUGUUGAAUCCAUUUCUGAUCCGUCACUUCAGGCAUCGACAGCUAUCAUUGUCGACGAAGAGAGUGGGUUAUGGCUUCGACUGUUCCUGAACCCAAGAGCCUUACUGGUAAGGGCGUUGAAGCCACUUUAG